GAUGUUUCAUCAGUGACAUCACAGUGAUUGCCACCUCCCUGAGACUACUUUAGGCCCUGCCCAGAGUCCAGGAGUCCAGAGAGCCUGGGAGACAAGCCGGAGUGGGAGCCCGAGGUGGAGAGAGAGAGAAGAAGCCUCCUGCAGCCAGGUGAGGACAAGCAGGAGGUCUUUCACGUGCCCUCUGAAGUCCGCCGUCCGUUCUCACUGAGCCAACUCGGAGAAUGGGGAUAUCCACCCGGGAGCUGUUUCUCAACUUCACUAUUGUCCUGAUCACCGUAAUUCUUAUGUGGCUCCUCGUGAGGUCCUAUCAGUACUGAGAAGCCAUGCCACGCUCCUGGGAUUGACUGCAGCUCUCUAGAGCUCCCACAGCUGUCAUGGGUUGCCUAUCUCAGCACCCCAAGGCACUUCUGACCCACACGCACACUCUCUGAGGUGCCUCCAGUGUUAGGAUCGAUUGUGCGUCCUCUAAAGAUGCUACUCACAAGGGUUGCCAAGUAUUUGCCAGUGAGCAUUAGAUUGAUUCCUCAACUCUUACUGCAAAUGUGUUAGACAAGCCACAAGGUUAAAAUUAAAUGAUUCAUGAUGAAGUAGAAUUGUAACGAGCCCCUGAUCUGUCUUCCCACACAUCCCUUCUACCCACACUCUCUGCAACCAAACUGUACAUCAACUCACCAGAAGAAAGAAAUGUUAGAGGAAGUCAUUGUCAACCCCUAUAGCUAUCAUGUGAAUAAAGUGAAAUCAACCACAAAA